UCGAGUUACCUGUUACCUCGAAACUCAGGCGUGCUCCCGGCGAGAGACUUGUUUACCUGAGCGAGAACGGAGAGCUCUAUAUGCUACUAGCCCUACUAGUUCAUCGUCUUUGCGUCUCAUUUCCCCUUUCGCUCAAUAUAGGCCUUGGGUACUUAAUAAUAAGCCUAUACUUUUCCCUUAAAUGGAUUGACCGUACAUGUUGUUUCGUGUUGCAGAAAGGAAGAGUUAAAAAGAACGAAACUUGACGCGAAGACGAACGUAAAAGUGGACCUCCAUGAUGCCGGCAUCCAUCUGAGUGUCCAUGUGAACUGGCUGGGUCUGUACCCCAGGAGGGAAUGGGAUGUGCGAUGAGGAGGUAACACAGGGCCCAAAGACCCAGGUUGGGAUGGACACGUACCUGGAAUCCGCCACCUGGCACUACACAGAGUGCCGUCUUCCCAAUUCGCCAUAUAUCCGCGAGGACCUUGGUGACUGGCUGUCAGUGGGACCCUUGAGCCAAAAUGGCGGCACGUCUGUGGAUAGACGUAUCCAGCUGGAGGAACUGCAGACACUGUGGCAGAAAUUCAUGACGUCGCACUCCCAUUUCCAUGACUGGCUGCAGCUGGCGGAGAAGUCGACCACUUCUCCAAACUCCUCCCAUGUCUGCUAUGUUACUGCCAAGCAGGAGCUAAAGAAGUUUGAGACCCUGCGGUCCGAGAGCAGAGCCCGCCUGGCGCAGCUGGACGGCCUGACGCAGCAGCAGCGGGUCCUGACCCAGCGCAUUGGGGGCCCGGUGGGCAGGAGGCUGGCGGGUAUGGUGAGGGACUGCAGCCAGCGCUGGGACCUGGUCAGCGAGGCGGUGGACAGCAUCUGCCUUCGGCUCAAGCUCUCUGUGUCCCAGCGGGAGGAAUUUGAAAACCAGCGGGAGGAGAUGGCAAUCUGGUUGGCGGACAUGAAUCUGCGGCUUACGGAGGUGGAGCAUUUCUCUGGGAAAGACAACCAGGAGAAGAUGCGGCAGCUGCAGAACUUCCAGGACGCGGUGGGGGAGAACACGGUGCGUCUGAACAAUCUCCUGGAGCAGGGCGAGGCCCUCAUUGAGGGGAGCGAACCAGCCGACGCCCAGGACAUCGAGGCCGGCCUGCAGGACCUGCUACUCUACUGCGCCUGUGUGUUCGAGGGAGUGGGACAGCUCCACACGCGGCUCCUCAGCAUGAGGCUGGUGUUUGAGGAGGACUGGCUCUUGGCCCCGCCGCCUGACUCCGGGUGCCCCUCUGAGGUGCCCGCGGAGGAGGAGGACUUCGCUGAGCGGGGCAGCCUGGCCCACCUGCAGGGCCCCCUGGCCCUGCCGGGCUCCGACCACCAGGCCCUAGAGUGGGACCCCUCUGUGGACGUGGGCGGCUCCGUUUCGUUCGAUGAUGCCGACUCGUCGUACUUCAGUGCCAUAACAGGGUUGCACUACACAGAGGAGUCAACGUCUAAACAUGCCAAGAGAAGGAGUUACCUGAGCUCCAAUGGGUCCCGGUCAGAUAUGACCACAGAUGGGACACCAGAUAUGAGCACAGAUGGCAAUGCUGAAUGUGCAAGUCCCAUCACUUUUGCCCAGACCCUGGCCCCUGGUACCAAAGAGGAAGAUAAUCUCCACCUGAGCCCCCAAAAGACCUCCACGUCAGGCAAACACCUACCUGAUCAUGUGACCUUUGACCCAGAGCGCAUUAGUACCUGGCUCGGCCACAUCCCAGUCAUUCAUGAGCGAAAGCCCUGUUCCAGAGCACAGACUGAGGAUAACCAAGAGUUGGUCACUAGCUCCAUCACUGGUUCUGUACCCACCCUGCGAAGGCCCUGGCCUAGCCCCAGCAUUGAGGAGUGCCGUACGCCUUGCCCCCCCCUUUUAGGGGACUGUGAGCCCCUCCCUGCUGGGUUAAGCUGCAGACGACAUGCAAACCCUCAGCCUCCUGAGAAGAAGCCAGACCAGCAGGGGGCCUCGUUGCAGGCCGUGGUUGAUAUUGAACAGCGGCACGACGAGGCCCCGGUGUGGAGGAAAGGCUCUGGUCCCCGGCUGCAGGGGCCCCUGAGGGCCUCCGUCCUGCUGUACGUCCUGAUGGCCCUGCUGCUCGCGCUCUUCCUCUGGCUCCUGCCUGGUGCCCACGGCCCCAGCUGUCACUACGGCAACACCCUGAACCGCUCCUUCCACCUCAUGCUGCGCUACGUUAACGGGCCCCCCCCCACAUGAGGGCGGAGAAGCCCACCGCCCCCCCAGUCCAACACUAACACGGAUCACAGACUGCCACGACACUGGUUCGCUCACUGGACACUAACCAGUAUGUUUGCAGGCUGGAAUCCCUGGUGCUGAACCGCUUGGCCAAGUAUUUAAACUGAAUUACCUCAGCAAAAUGUUUGGCAUGAUGACAUAAAUGAGUGAUAAACCGCAUAAGUCACCCUGGAUAAGACGGUUUGUUAAGCCAAUGCAUAAUGAAAUCUCAUAUCAGCAAUGAUUUGAUUGAACAGCUGGUGCAAAAUUACCCAUCAUCCCCUUGGCUGUAACGAGCACGGUUUACUGGUCUACACAGAGGAUUCUAAACAGCCAGUAUGAGUAGUUCUUAAGUUUAGAAAUCCAUUAUAAAAAUGGUUUAUAGUAUUAAUGUCUCUGUAUAAUAAAUUGAAACAGCUGUCGUAAUAAGCAUUAGGUUUAUGAGGGAUUAUCUGAUGAUUAUUAUCAUCCAGAAAAAAAGGCUAUUGUUUAUCAUGUCAUUCUCAACCAUUUAAUUGCCUGACCAUUAACAAAAGACAGCCUGGUAUAAAGGUAUUUAUUCUACAUUUAAAACAAUCCCACAUCAGCACCAGUUUCUCAAAGCCAUUCCCUGCACCUGAUAUUUCAGAGUGUCUGAACCUAGAUAAUGUGGUAAAUGUUGGGACAUUGUUGUGACAGACCCGUGGCUGAAGGGCUUGCAUUGUCACUUCCCUGCUUUGCAGAUGAUGCUGGAGUAACACUCAUACUGUGUGAUAGAAAAGUGUGUGCGUGUGUGUGUGCGAGUGCGUGUGUUGGGGGAGGGUUUGAAAUGAGCAUUUGAUGCACAGUCAAUGAACUGGCCCAUCUGGUGCGGCACCAAGUGUCCCAGCUGGAAAAAAUGAUUUAUUGCCGUUUUUUUCAUCAUCAGCGAACACCUCACAUUCAUGGGCAGUCUGUCAAGAGGCAGCAUGACUCCUGAGUAAUAAUUGUGUUGUGUUGUGUCAUUGUGCGUUAUUGUUAACUGAACGGAAACACACAUCAUCAUACACAUGAGUAAUGUGGAGAAGGUGGUGCUUGGUAGUUGGUGAAAUAAACGGCAUUAGGCAACUAUUCUUGAUUACACGGGCUUAGUGAAUAGUUGGAAUAAGCUAGUUUACUGUUGGGUGUCUUGAUAUAUAGCUUUAAAAACUCUUGCCUUUGCAACCGAUUCUACAUGAACAGAUGAAGCACUCAAAGCAGGGCUCCUCAGUCUUUCUCAGAAAGGGCUGGUCUGGGUGCAGCCUUUCAUUCCAACCAAACAGUUCCACACCUGAUUUUAUCUUUCUGGGUCAGACUGAGGAGCCCUGACUUAACGGAUGCUGUUCACUUGUUUGACCCUUUGUUAAGAUGUAGCAGAGAACUGAACUCCAGAUAUCUUGGCAUGCUGGAUAUGAUGCCAUUUUUCUAUCAUAUUGUUUUCUUGCAUUGUUAGAACAAUUAUAUUUCUAUUAUUGACUUCUGAGAUGAACUACAUAUGUGUCAUGAAAUAAAAAAUAAGUGAAUGAAGAAAA